AGUCGAGUCACGAAUCCACUUUCUGCAGGCGCCCAUUGCAUCUUCAGAGUAGGACCGAUUGACUGUUGCAAUAUUACCCAUCUCGGGCUUUACUUAACCGGCCAUGACCUUAAGAGACAGAGUAAAGUCCAUUGGCUCAGUUCGGUUUCUGCCAAGUUUACAAGUGCUAUAUUAAACUUCUUUGCAGGGAGCAAGUCUAUGAGACCUGGUGGUAAUGUAGAGUCUCUCGCACUGCCUUCCUGGAUCCAGACUUGGCAAAUUCGUUUCGUGUUCCACGUGAUAAUGAAGACUGCCGGGCUUUCUCUCGCUGUGGCUCUCGUCAGCUCUUCAGCUGCGGCACAGACAAACAACACCUCACCGUCUGAGGUGCCGUAUUACGGACGAAGCCCACCGGUGUACCCAUCUCCAAUUGGCAAUGGCUCAAGCAACGCUGGCUGGGCCGCCGCUUAUCGCCACGCAAGGGCCUUGGUCUCCCAACUUACCGUCGAAGAGAAAGCAAACAUCACCCGAGGAUGGACCGGCACGUGUGUAGGAAAUUCCGGCGAGGUUCCUCGGCUAGGGAUUCCAGCACUGUGCUUCGCCGAUGCACCAGACGGAAUUCGUGGUCAAGAAUUUGUGUCUGCCUUCCCAGCAGGAAUCCACGUUGCCGCUACCUUUGACAAAACCCUCCUGUACAAAUAUGGCAAGGCGCUUGGCGAUGAGUACUACGGCAAAGGAAUCAAUGUUGCUCUCGGUCCAGCUGCUGGUCCUCUUGGGAGAAUCGCUCGCGGUGGGCGCAACUGGGAGGGUUUGUCGAGUGAUCCUUACCUUGCGGGUGUUGGUAUGGGCGCGAUCACUCGUGGCAUCCAGAGUGCUGGUGUUAUCGCCACCGCCAAACACUGGCUUUUGAACGAGCAAGAGUAUCGCCGACGGGUAUCCGACCUGGGCGAAGCUAUCAGCUCAAAUGUGGACGAUCGAGCGCUACACGAACUUUACGUCUGGCCCUUCAUGAACUCUCUCAAAGAGGGAGCCGCAUCUGUCAUGUGCUCAUACCAAAGAGCGAAUCACUCUUACGGUUGUCAAAACUCCAAGCUUUUGAACGGAAUCCUGAAAACCGAGCUUGGUUUUGAAGGUUUUGUUGUGAGCGAUUGGCAAGGCCAAAUGGGUGGCGUUGCCUCAGCUAACGCUGGCUUGGAUCUUGUGAUGCCGGACGCCGGAUUCUGGGGAGAAAGGCUAGUUGAGGCUGUCAUCAAUGGUUCCGUAACCGAUGAUCGACUCUCUGACAUGGCCACUAGAAUCCUCGCUGGCUAUCAUUUUCUUCACCAAGAGCAUGCUUUCCCUGCUCCAGCAGUGCACUCCAAUUUUCAAAAGGCAUACCCCGUCGACGUUCAGGAUGAUCACGCUUCUCUGAUCCGCCAAAUCGGAGCAGCCGGCACUGUUUUGGUGAAGAACAUCAACCAUACGCUCCCCCUGAAGAAUCCGAAAUUCCUGUCUAUUUACGGCUACGACGCAACGGUCAAAGCAAUCCCUUGGCAGAAUCCCAGUCGCUAUGGUGGCGGAUACGAAAUCAACUUCGGCUGGGAAACAUUCAACGGGACCAUGAUUACUGGCGGUGGCUCUGGUGGCAGUACUCCUCCAUACGUAGUUUCGCCAUUUCAAGCCAUUCAGGAGCGACUUUCAAAGAAGCGAGGCAUUCUACGUUGGGAUUUUUACUCUGAGAACCCAUCUCCACCCUACGUCAACUCCGAGGCCUGUCUUGUUUUCAUCAACGCCUAUGCCUCUGAGAGCUUUGAUCGCCUGAGCCUCACAGACAAACUCAGCGACAAUCUCGUACAGAACGUAGCCGCUAAUUGUUCAAACACCGUAGUCAUCAUUCACUCAGCAGGCAUCCGCACUGUUGAUGCAUGGAUCGAUCACCCCAACGUCACUGCAGUUCUGUUUGCCGGACUCCCUGGCCAAGAAAGUGGCCACAGUCUUGUGGAUGUGUUGUGGGGAGACAUUAAUCCCUCUGGCAAGCUGCCCUUUACUAUCGCUCGGCAGGAGUCGGAUUAUGGAAGCCAUCUCAACUCCAGUGCUUCAGACGACUUCUUCCCCGAUAGUAACUUCACCGAAGGCCUAUACAUCGAUUACCGUUACUUUGAUGCAAAGAACAUUACUCCUCGCUACGAGUUUGGCUACGGGCUUUCAUACACUACUUUUAGAUUUGCUGAUUUGUCAGUUGGCCUCACAUCAGAUGCUGAUACAUCAGAAUACCCCGACCCUGAUCUGCCAAUCGUUCAGGGUGGCCAUCCAUCACUAUGGGAGAUCGUUGCAGUUGCGAAAGUAUCUCUCACCAAUACCGGUGACCUGGACGGAGCGGAGGUUGCCCAGCUAUAUAUCGGAGUUCCGGGUAAUGAUUCGCCCAUUCGACAGCUCCGAGGCUUUUCCCGUGUCUUCCUAUCACCUGGUCAGACGCAGUCGGUUGCGUUUGAACUAACAAGACGAGAUCUUAGUAUUUGGGAUGUCGAAGCUCAACAAUGGCGUUUAAGCCCAGGAAUUUACACGCAUUAUACGGCACUGCUCUCCGAUUUUCACUUCAAAAUGUCUACUGAGUUGCUUCAAAUCGAUCUUGAUGCACAAACUAUUUAUGAAUAUCAUCGAAUGCACAUGCUCAUCAAUCCUGCUAGUGCCAUCUUCUGCCUUUGCAGUCUCGACACGCGAGUAGCUACUCGCGCAGCUCAGCUUUUUCUCGGCGGACACGGGGACUAUCUUAUCUACUCUGGUGGAUCAGGAAAGCUGACGGCAAGUCGUUUCACGAAACCAGAAGCCGAAGUAUUUGCAGGUAUUGCAAAGAAGCUAGGAGUACCUGCCAACAAGAUUAUUGUUGAGCCACGAGCAAGCAACACGGGCGAGAAUGUCCGUUUCACCCAUGCCCUUCUGAAAGACCUAGAACUAGACAUCACAAGUUUUGUGCUAGUCCAAAAGCCGUACAUGGAAAGAAGAACAUAUGCAACGUUCCGAAAACAAUGGCCGGACUCUGAAACAGUGUUCACUGUAACAAGUCCUGAACUGGAGUUUGCCCAGUAUCCUGACAAGGAGAACCCCAGAGACUUGGUCAUUGAUAUCGUGGUUGGAGAUUUGGUGAGAAUCCGAGAGUAUCCUGCAAAGGGGUUUCAAGUUGAACAGGAAAUUCCUCCUAAGGUUUGGGAGGCGAACCAAAGGCUCAUAGAAGCUGGGUAUGAUGGACACCUGCCUUGA